CGACUGACUAACGUACUAAAGAGGCCUGAGUCGAGGAUUCAGAGCAAACGGUUCAGAACGGGACACUGGAAGGGAACACAGAACCGACGGAUUGUGUUCGGAGCGUACGACAAGUCUAGGGUAACUAGAUUUGGAUUCCUCCUCGCGUGUUCAGCAGCUAUUAUCACCCAUUUUUCUUAAUACUUCUAGUUAUGAUACUUUUCAUUUUCUUAAUAAAUCGGGUAGCUCAUCAUUGUUUUUUAAUAAUGAGUUUGCAUAAAUUAUUGAUGGAUUCAUCCUGGAUCCGCUUCAUUAUUUAUCAUCCCUGAGCCCCCUAGGGGGCGACAGAGGGCCAGGGCUCACGGACACUAGAAGUUGAGGAGGUGUGUGUGUGUGUGUGUGUGUGCGUGUGUGUGUACGUGUGUACGUGUGUGCGUGUGUGUACGAGUGUCCUCAAACUUUUAGAGAGUUGGACUUGAGUUCACGGCGGUCACUCCCACCACGGCACUGAUGACAGCGGUGACGAAGGUGAUGAUGAAGACGGUGACGUACAUGUGUGUGUGUGUCUGUCUGUGUGUGUGUGCAGAAAUGAGUGUGUUUAAAAGCAUGUCGUACCAAAUUAGUCCAAUGGGAGCAAUUGUUCUGAUAUAGACACGCCCCCACCAACCCACCCACACUGCCACACACACUUUAACCGGGUUGAGAUGGGGGGGGCUAUCUAUUGAAAGGGGGUGGUGGCUUCAAGAGCCGGAGGAGAGGGAGGGUAUAAACGUCAGGAGGCAGCCUCCGGCGGAGAGACCAAACCAGAGCCAGGGGGACCAGCGCACAGUGACUUCAACCAGACGACGUGUCCCACAGUUUCAGGGAAUCUUCCGGAACGAUGCGCCAGCUGAAGCUGCCUGUGCUCCUCGUGAUCCUUCCCUUCCUGCUGGACUCGGCUCACGCGGCCCCACACAGCUUCAGGUACUUCAGCCCAUCCUUCGCCAGGGAGCCAGAGAUCGCUCUUCCAGACGCUGAAGACUGGCAGCCUCAAGACAUGCUCUCGGACCUUCUCCUGCGCAUCCCGGCCCCAAGGGCCCCGAGGGGCCUCACCGCCCUCAACAGCCAUCACAUCGCGAAGAGAAAGUGCAACGCGGCCACCUGCGUGACGCAGAGACUGGCGGACUUCAUGGGGCGGUCCAGUAACACCAUCGGGGUGACGGGACUGUUGGAGCCCACCAACGUUGGCUCCAGCACGUACGGCAAGAGGAGCGUGCUGACCGUCCGUUUCCCGGACUUCUAGUCCCAGGGGACGGAGGUCCAGAACCACCACAAUACACCGCUCACUUCAGAUCGAGUGGGAAGAUCCGCGAAUUCAGUGAUUCAUGGUAAUAGGAUCAUUUAUGAUCACGAACGCAAUUUUUAUGUGCCUUUGGUGAACUUCAGUUGAAAAGGUUGUGCUUGUGUCGAUUGUUUUAAAGCAUUUGAAAUGUGUUUUUGUUGGGCGUGUAUCAAGUAAUCUCAUCAUGAAUAAACGAAUAGAUAAUGAAGUCGAUACACCAAGAUGAUACAAACAGAUGUGUAGGCCUAUAUAGCCUUCCACUAGGCUACAUGUUUAUUUGUGAUGUGUUUUUUUUAAUAAAAUGU